GCUACCACUACAGUAUGCGCUUCGAGAGCAAAAAAAACGUCGUGCAAACGCUUUUGACAGCCUCUCUAAGUUUCGUCGCGUGUGCGUGUGUGGAAAAGAAAAUUAACUUCUGAAAUUUCGAAGCAACCAUUCGGGAGCAAAAUCCUAACCCACUGUACAUUUGCAGCAAAAUAAAGAAACUUUGCGGAACGUUAUCGUAACUGAGUGAGCGAUUUCAGCAGUGGCCGGACAGUGGAGCAUUACCGAGGGCAAAUCCCGUGAAUGCUGAACAGAGAGGAAUAGGAGCAGCAGCAGAGGCAGUAGUUUCGGUUUCGAAUUCGCGUGUGGCCCGCGUCCGAGAAGAGAGUGUGUAUUUUGGAAGUCAGAAAAUUCGAUUGGAUCGAAGAAAAAAAAUGUCGGUAGUUAAAAAGUGUUAACGAUUGUGUUUAUGAGUUCAACUAGCAGCAAGAUAACCACUCUGUAUCUAAGCAUAGUGUAAUAUGUUCCAAGCACGAUCCAGACCCAGCAGCAGGAGUAGCGAGGAUAGUCCGUCACCUUCCCAAUCAUCGCCAAUGGCUGCUGCUGCAGCAGCAGCAGCGAGUAGCGCUGCGCUCAAUACCAGCACUGGCAGCAAUUUAGACGAUGACCCCAACAGUUCCAUCAUCGGAAAGGUGCGCUCGCGCGUAUCCAGCAUUUUACCGGACGCACUUUCCAAAUGGUUCUCACCGGCCGCCGUCAAGCGACCACGAGAUAGCGACAGCAGACAGAUUGGCUACGGCGGUGGCGGUGGUGAAACAGCGCCGGCGGGACGCAAUGGAAACCUAACGAGGAAUCACCGCCGGCACUCCACUUCCAGCGAUGCCGACGAGAAUCCGUCGGAGAGCGGUGGGAGGCGGCAAUACCACCAGCAGGAAGAGGACGAGGAGGACGAGGAUGAAGAACAUGCUCCGCCAACGAGAAAAAAGAAGCGACUUGAGGAGAGUUUCAACAAUUCCCUGACAGAUUUUAACGACGAUAUGGGUAUUCAGGCAGGACCCAGCGGUCUCAACAUUUCCGCCAUCGAUCGUCGCAGUUCCCUUCCCGCGGGAAUGCACCUCCAGAGAAGAGCCAUCCGGAAUACCUUCUCCGCGUCAACUCCUGCCACAUCACCGCAGCAGGGUGGUGUUGUUCUCGGUGACAGACCGCUUCACAGCAUACAGCAGAGGACCAGUCUGAUUGGAUACGGUAAUCGGACCACGGCCCCGUUCAAUUUCGGAGGGGAAACUACAAGCGCCGCAUCCUCCAUCAAGACAACACCAAUCGGUGAAGAACCGGAACCGGAGGAGCAAGAAGAAGAUCUUAAUGAGAGUGUGUCGGCAUCAAUUAGACGUCGUAGGGGCAUCCGGGAUGUUAGCAACCGGAAGAGGUUAAACAUCCAACCGAUAAGUAGCGUGGAUCGAUCGAUUUCAGAGCCCCCGUUACGGAUUUUCGGAGCAACGGUUUCUGCGCACGUGUUGUCCCAAGGUUCCAGUAGCGAUAAUCUUAUUGAAGAAGAACAGGAUCAGGAAAACCGGCAGCAGCAGCAGCAGCAACCGGAAGCCACAAACCCCAGCAGCCAGGAAGACAACGCACGAUAUAAAACCCUCUCUAACGGUAAUAUGAACGAGUCUGCAUCGGAGAGUAGCAGCGUUUCCAACCUUAACCUGAGUCAAUCGGAGCAGCACCAGCAGCAACAGCUGCUGCAGGCGGAAAGUCGACGAAUGUCCGGAUUCAUGGGAAACAAUCGAAGUAAGCGGCACCGCGUGGGCGGUUCAACUGGUGAUCUGUGUUUUUCAUCGCAUCUGGAAACGGAAAAGAGUCUGUUUUCGGCCAAAAAUGCCGGUAGAGCUGGGAAACCCACAUUCAAUGCCUCCCUUUAUGGUAGCAGUUUCUCUCUGGGCAGUACCAAUAGUAGUUUAUUCGCUAGCUCUCCGUUUUACAACGGGAGAACUAUGUACGGCGGUGCCUCGGCGUAUAAUGCCCGCCGCGAAAAACGCCAAAAGGCACUCCGAGUGCCGGUGCAAAUCCGACCGUCUUCCUCGUUGUCUAAUUUUUCAUCUUCCAAUGCGAGUAUCGCGUCCGAUACAUCGGCACUCUCGAACACGGCUAAACGCAUUCUGGAAAUCAUGAAUCAAUGCUCGGGUCCACUUAAUGAGGCCCGUAAGCUUGGCAGUAGUCUCAGCCUAAACAGCACUCUUGCAUCGCCCAAGGUACCCGGAUUGGUGCAGGCACGCAAGCGGUUCAACGAGGAGGAUCUCAACACCAGUCGCAGCAUACGAAUGUCUAGUCCUAGAACGCCGUACAGUCGGCCACAGAGUGCCACCGGCAAUAGCGCCUCCUCGGUCAAUAAACCUCCGAUUGCGGAACUGCAGAUCCCUUCGAUGUCCCAGUUGUUGCACAUGAAGCGCCUACAAACGAACACGGAAUCGGUGCGACGUGUCGCUACCCAAGGUACGGCCAGCACGGUUCUCAACGAACCGAGCGAAUACAAGCUACCCACGGAAUCGGACGACACCAACAAUAAUGUGAAACACACGAGCAAGAUGCGCAACAAGUUGCACCGGGUGCGGGAGGAAUUGCACUCGGAUCGAAGCAACAGCACACCUAUGCCCCAGCUGAAUCUGCCGGAGGUGCAGCUGGCCGGAUUGAAAUCAGUUCCUAAGUUCGACAUGCUACCGGCGGCAGUUGCCAGCAGCAAUAACACGGGUGGUCCUAACGGGUCGUCCAAGUGGAGAAUCACAACGGCCACAGGCGAGAAGACUUCCGUGCUCGGCACGAAAAGCAGCAGUAAAGAUUCCUCCAAGUCCAAUGCAAUGCCAAGUAGUUUGUCAGCGUCUACCACUGACAGCGUGUAUAAAUUCCCCGCUCCCACAAAACUAAACUCAUCCCUGGCGGUGACGUUAGACGACAAGGAACCGCCGCAAAAGAGCUUCAAAUUCAGCAACCCGGAACCGAUUGAGGCCCCCAAGAGCAAUCCCCCCAAGCUGGGUAGCUUCCAGUUCAACCCGGAAACAGCGAAACCGAAAGCAGCGGUUGCAGUGACAUCGUCAUCCAUUGUGCCUGCUGCGAGUGCGCCGCUACCACUGAAAAGUGGUAGCUGUUUGGACGCACUAAAGGGUCCCGCGGUGAUCCCGGAGCUAAAAACCGGUAGCUGUCUGGAGGCGCUUUCGGCAACAAAACCAGCUUCAGCGCCAUCCAGCAGUUUGCCGGGAUUUGGAGAUUCCUUCAAGCUGGCGGGAUCUAACAAGUGGGAAUGCGAUGCCUGUAUGGUACGGAACGAUCCGGACAAAACGAAAUGCAUGGCGUGUGAAUCGCCUAAGCCAGGUGUCAAGGGUUCGGCUCCAGUGCCACCGAAAAGCAGCUUCUCGUUUGGAGCAGCAGCAGCACCCACACCGGUUAGCGCAAGUAAUUCUGUUCCGGCUGGUUCCGACGCUGGAUUCAAGGCAUUAAUCGCCCAGCAAUCGUCCAAGUGGGAGUGCUCGGACUGUAUGACCCGGAAUGACUUGAACAAAUUGAAAUGCAUGUGUUGCGAGAAACCCAAACCUGGAUCAGCCGUGACACCGGCCCCGAAAGCGGAGGUACCAGCCGCUAUCAAAUCGAUGUUUUCGAUGCCUAAUACCAGCAUCGCGGUCAUGCCAGCCACCAAGGCAUCCUCCGAUCAGGGAUUCAAAACAUUGGUCGCACAACAAGCCGCCAAUAAGUGGGAAUGCAGUACGUGUAUGACACGAAACGAAGCCGCCCGGUCAAAGUGUGUUUGUUGCGAGCAAGCCAAACCCGGAUCAAGCCCAGUCGAUGUGCCCUCAUUUUCUUUUGGUAGCAAAUCCGCUGAAAACUCGAGCGGCGGAACGGCGAAAUUCAGCUUCGGAGUACCUCAGAGCGCUGACAGCAGUAGCAGCAGCAAAGAUACUCCUAAAUCAGGCUUCACUUUCGGGGUACCGACAGGUUCUUCAGCUUCCACCAGCGUAACCUUCGGUUCAAGUGCGACGACGUCUCCCGCGCCAGCUGCUGUCGGGGGCGGUUUUAGUUUCGGUGUAAAGCCAGCUGUGCCGGCGUCAGGCGACACUACGGACAGCUGUAAAGCUAACGAGAAAAAGGAGGAAUCCAAACCGACUCCAGUAUUUGGCUCGGGAGGAUUUUCUUUCGGUGCAAAGCCAACCACAAAUGAAGUGAAGAAGGCGGAAGCUGUUACUUCUGCAACGUCCACCGGUGGAUUCAGCUUUGGAUCUAAGUCAACAACGGACAGCCCCACCGUUGGUGGGUUUUCAUUCGGAAAGCCUGCGGAAUCGUCGUCGAUCGUUUCCACUACUGCAGCUCCUAGUGCUUCGGAUAACAGCAGUAAGCCAGCGGCUGCACCCAUUACGUUUGGGUCGCUAGCAUCUUCGGCCGCCAAGUCAACGGCAUCAUCGAGCUUUGGCUCAGCAGGGAGCAACACAGUUUCCGCUGAAAGUAAACCACCAGCCGGAACGGGUGUUUUCUCGUUCGGUUCGCCCAAAACUACGGUGUCCACACCACUAGCGGGGACACCAUCAGAGAAAAACGAAUCUACCGCUGCACCAACGGUAGCCGUCUUUGGAGGGGCUCAAAAACCGACAGUUCCUUCAGUCACCCCAAGUUUCAGCUUUGGGGCAGCAGCUAACAAUUCAUCGACCUCCUCGAGCAAACCCGCCGCUGUAUCAGCGCCAGCGUUCAAUUUCGGAGCAUCUGCUGCAAAGCCAGCGGAAGUUCCAGCUAAUGCCAGCACCACUGUUGCCGCUACUAACGCGCCUGUAGCUGCGGCGCCCACUUUCGUCUUCGGUCAACAAAGCAGUCAACAGGCGAACAAAGUUGUGCCCUCUUUUGGUGCCGGCGCUUCAUCAACCGCCGCAUCCACUGAGAAGCCAACUUUCGGCACUUUUGGGGCAUCCGCUGCCGCUCCUGCUCCAACUGGAAACUCACUCUUUGGUGCCUCGGUUAACGCUACUGGCAGCUCUGGGUUCGGAUUUGGCAACUCGGCAACAUCCGCUGCUGCUGCGCCAGCUAAGCCAUCCGAGUUCACAACGGCGGCGUUUACUUUCGGUGGUGCGGGAAAAACCGAUGCGUCACCGAUGGCGAUGAGCACCACCCCCUCAUUUGGCACUCCUUCUACGUCUGCCCCUGCCUCAAACUCCAUAUUUGGCAGCGGCGCAGCCGCUAAUACGCCUAUGUUUGGCGACUUCAGUGCGAACAAUGCACCAGCUUUCGGCGCAAGUGCCACGUUUGGAGGAGCGGGUUCUUCUGCACCCACCAAUACGGGAUCGGGAAUGUUCGGUCAAUCGUCGGUGUCAGUGUUCGGUGCACAGCAGGCGCCAAGUGGAAGUACCUUCGGUUCCGCACCAGCUACCUUCGGAGCUGCACCUGCAGCUACGGCUGUGGGUAAUCCUUUCGGGGGCCCCGCGUCCCCCUCCGGCGAUGAACCACAGGCGAAGAAAGCCUUCGAGUUUGGAACCUCGAGCUCCUCUGUAAAUAGUCAGACCGUAUCGCCAUUCCAAUUUGGCGCCGGCGGCGGCAACAACAAUGACAGCAACGCAAAGCCGUUUUCGUUCUCUGCGCAUUCGGCACCCAACUUCAACUUUUCCGCUGGAUCGAAUGCGGGACAAACGUCGGCUCCAUUUACGUUCGGAAUUAACCAGGGCGGCGCCUCCACCGUUGGUGGGGUGUUCAAUUUUGGAGGCGGCACAGCAUCCCCAGCAGUCACCGGAUUCGGAGCAAUGAGUGAUCGCCACAAGCUCGUUUGGCCAGGCCCAGCAACAGCAGCAGCCCCAACGCAGGAAAAUCCGCGCCACAAGACGUAUAACGCCACGGUAGAAGGGCGACGAAGCUAUCGUACAGCAGCAGCUUCUGCUACUGCAGCAAGACCACCUACUCGUACCAAUCACACUAACCUAGUAUGGACAAAGAACGGCCAGAAUAGCAGUAGCAAUAGUAGCAAUGGCAGCAGCAACAGCCGCAGCAUCAUUAAAGGCAACAAUAGUCACAACAGUACUAGUACUAUUACUACUACUAUCGCUAUCACCAACGACAACAACCGAACAACCAACCACAAUAGAAGCGGACAUCAUCGGACAGGAACAAUGACUCUGACAGGUACCGAAUCAACGGCAUCAACGUCGUUGCCGCCACCGCCCAUCUAUGACAAAUCCCGCUACCGAUACGUCUCACCGGAGUUGAAGCGCAAACAUCAGCAGCAGCAGGUGGGGAACGGGAACCAGUUGUUCCCUACUACUACUACUAUCCUCGGUUCUCAGAAGAAGCCCUCGGACGGGGACGGGGAACACAUCUAGGGGAGGGAGAAUGGAUUUUUUUGUUUGAUUCACAGUAUGGGUUGAAUCUACUGGAAAAGAAGGGAAAGUAAAGGUGUUAUUUUUUGUACAGUGAGUAGAUUGAGGAAAUUGUACUUCUUUUCUUCGCUUCCUAAAUCGGAUGGCGGUCAGCUCGAGAGCAGAUGGAACGAAAAAAAAAACAAAUACGCGGGGAAGAAGGAUUGCUGUAAUUAUCAAACAAAAUUCUAUGUAAGCUUCAAUGAAAUACUACGAUUGUAGGAUGCUUUAAUGAUACAAAUCAGAAAACAUUCACGAACACACAUUGGACCAUGGACACAAAACGAACAGAAACACAGUAUCAAUGUGAGAUACAUUGAGAGAGAGAUGGAUUCUGCUGCAUUUCGCGUGUGGGAUAGUAGGAUUGAGAUUUUUUUCGUUCAUUUCUUUUUCACUGUUUUUAAAGUGAAGGAUGCUCCCUUCAUCCAAGCAAGCUAGAAAUGGAAUAAAGGUUUUGUUUGAUUUUUUUUCUAUUCAUUAUUUUCAAAUGCGUAGUGUGUACAUUUUUUGUUCCGGCUAGCGCAUUCAGGAAGAAGAUGGACGCGACACCAGACCCGAGACGUACGGACGGGAAUUGAUGACGAAUAAAACUGGCGAGAGAGGUAACGUUUAUGAUACCCAAGAUAUUGUUCAGGCAUCCUCCAAUGUAUAGACAUUAUCAGAUAUGCCGCUGAAAAAAGGGGAAGGACAGAGAACGUGGUGAAACAAAGCAAUUAACUUAUGAUCCUUAUGUGCGUUGAGAGAAUGAUUUGGUUAGUGGCUUGCUCCCAGUGCAUAAGUUUGGAAGACCAGAGCAAAUGAUUAAUGGGAAACCCAACCUUGACAGUGCAGCGUGGGUAAGCGACAUCGUAUCGCUUAGUGCAGUGGUUUUAUGAAUUUUAUGGGAGAGAACGGGAUGUAUGUACGCGUGAGUUCAUAAGAGAGAGAACAUUUGGGAAAAAAGCAUUCGAUUUUUCUGUGCUCUUGCUGUUGGAGGGCAGUCGAGUUUUAAUUCACCAUUUCAGUGUCUAUUGGCAAUCAUUUUUUUUUAUCGCUGUGCCAUGUAUUGUGUAAAUUAAAGCAAAUUGGAAGCCUGCACUAGGAAAAAAGAAAAGUGACUGACGAAAGAAUUAUAUUCCAGAGAAAAUUGUCUGAAAUAUACUUUUUACGUGCAUAAAUCUGAAAAUGGUUUAUUUGAUUUGUAAUGAAGCUGCUGCUGUUGUAAAGGUUUAAUCUGAAAUGAAAAUAUGAGUCGAAACAUGCGUCAAAAAUGGACAAGUUUGUUGCCACAUCCUGUGAUGGAAAAUUGGCGGAGUUAGGAGCGAAAAUUGUUUGUUUGAAACUUUGGAAAAACGAGCUAUCGACUAUGUAUUUUAUUCAGUGGUGAUAGAUGAGAUGAGAUAGAUUGACUUUUACUUAUGAAUGUGUGAUUCGAGGAUGUCUUGAAGGAUAUCGUCCAAAUCAUCAAUCAACUCGCACGCAUUGGAUCAUCGUGAGUUCCAAGUUUUUUUUCUGCUUUUCUUUUUUCUUUUUUUUCACUCGUAAACAAACCCAAGUUCAAACAGUGUCGACAACUAGGAAAAAUGUUGAUGCACCCCAGUCGAUAAAUGUUGAUUUUCCUCGCAGAUUUUAGUACUUCAAAGCAUAUGAAUGAAUUCUCCAAUUUUCUAUACCUCAUUAGGUUUCGAUGAUGUACUUGCCACUGAAAACAUGCAGAUAGAACUCAUUGAAACGCAGUGUGGCUCAGACUUGCGUGACAAUUUAAAAACCAUGAUGUCUUGGAUUUCUACUCCAGAUUUGUUCCAGAAGCGCGAUUUCCAGAACUAAUAAAACAUACUCAUUCUAUUACUUCUUUGUUCGAAUCCCCAAAUAUUUGUGAGCAAUUGUUUCAGUUAUGAAAGAAGUGAAAUCAAAGUCAAGUUACAAAAUCACUGACAGUGACUGGAACACACGCUUCGCAUCGCUAUCUCUCACAUUCAAGCUGAUUUAGAUAAAAUGGCUCAGGAAAAGUAAUUAGAGUGAAAUCGAAACGGUAUUGGAGUAUGUUUGUAUUUAAGGAGUUUCUAUAUUGAAACAAACAAAAAAUGAUUUAAAGAACGUCCAAUUAAAUCGUGAUACCGUAUUCACAUUAUCAGCCAUCAUUCUGUCAGUGAAAUCGCGACUGCUCUCAGCAGAAAGAUAUCCUCAAAGAGAAAUUAUGAUUAUUGUUUAUCCAGCUCUGAUCAUGGUUUGUCCAAAAACUGAUCAUGGUUGUACGGUUUUAAAAAUCACAAUUUAAGAAUGAAAAAUUCGAAUUUUCAAGUAGAUAUUUCAUUUAUAAUUGCUUGAAUUUACUGUCAUCAUAUUGAUCCAUUUUAAAUUCAGGCUUUCUUCAGAAUGUUGCCUUUUCUUGGGUAUUUUAAAAUUGUUCACACUCAAUACAGAGAAACUUUGUUUUUGCUAUGCGCGAAGGACACAAUAAAUAAACUGCAGCGCGCUAGGCGGUUGCCAUAGAAACCAAAACAAACAUUAGUGAAUCGGACAACUCAUAAUCAGAAUUGAGGUCUUUCGAUAUGCGUUAUUUACAUGGUUUAGCUAUGUAAAUCUGAUACAAAUGGUGUGCAAGCAUGAUGUUUACAAUAUUUGUAAGUGUUAUAAUCCAGAAAAGGUCUGAAUACGUGUCAAAUAAUCAUCUGGUGGCUCAAAUGAGGUGGUGGCAUCUGAUGGCUCAAAAAUAUACUAUAAAACUACUGUAAAUCAUGAAAAAGACAAUUUUAUUUAUAUGAUUUACAUUGGAAUACCUAAUAUGACACAGGUGCGCUGAAUUAGUGCAUUCAAAAAAGUGGACAAACCAUGAUCAUAUUUUCGACUGGACAAACCAAAAUCAUUUGCCUUACCUUCCAUUAAACGUUUUGGGUUUUUAUCUCAUUUUGUUCUCGAGUUAUGAAGAGAGUUCGGGUUGAACGACGGUGCGAACAAGACGUGCUUGUUUGUGCUCUGUCUUCGUCUUCAAGUUUUGUCGGUGUAUUUGGUGUAUCGAUUGGAAACUAUGCUUUCAAGCUUCGAAAAGAUGAAUACAGUGGAUUUUCCUUGAAUAAGUUACGCACAAUUGUGGUUUAAAAGAGUGUUUGGCUGAGAAAAUUUGUUUUGAAAUAUAAAAGCGUGGCCGCGUCGAUUGUGUUGCGACGAUUGCGUUGAGCUUUUUUUCAUCUGGUGUUUCUAGUGCAAGUGUGUAUGAUAAUAACGUCUUGUGUUAUAUUACCCAGUGUUCUGACCGAACUACAUUCCACUGAAAUAUGGAUAAGUUGUGAAAUUGGAAAUAAAUCCAUAAAUCGAGCGAAGCCAUUUUUAUCUUCGCGUGUAAAAGCGAAAUUUUUAUUCAAUCGAUGUUUCGUGAAUGGGUGUGAGUGUGUGUUUUUUUUCUUCAUAUCGAGUUCGAAGUUUCUAUGUCGUAGUGUGUGUAUCACCAUAGUAGGACCGUCGGCAUGGCUGAGUGAAAAGCAGUGCAAGCUAAGUUCUCUCUUUCUUCUUUCUCAUAUAUUAUCUCUCUGGGGAGCAACUGAAGUUGUUUGAAAUUGAAGACAGGUGUGCUAAAUUUUUUUCCAUUCCGCGCGUUUCAUGUUUGCUCCUGUUUCGGGACACUCGUAGAUACAUCAGUGUGUAUGUGCUUGUUGCUGCACAGUUCUCUGAGUGAGUGACGGGCGUUAUAAAGAAGAAAGAGAGCAUGUCGUUUACGUUUCAUCUUCGCGCCGCGUUAUCUUGUGCACACUGCAACAAAACAAGACAAUGUUCACUCGAUUAUGAUCAGGUAUUUUGUGUGUCAUUGUAAUGUACGUCGUGUUUCUUUAAUUAUUUAAAUUUUUAAUGCUUCCUUCUUUAAUCCUUUGAUAAAUUAGUUCUUUAAUUCUUGAAUGUAUUAAUAACUUUAACUAAUCCAAUUGUGACAACGGGUGGUUGUCUUUGGGGGGCCUGGGGGCCGCCGAGGGAACUCGUCUUCUAUAGGUAGAGGCGAUGGUUUUUCUGUUGCUUAGUGCGUGCUCUUUGAAUGUGUCUGGUCGAGGGAGGGGAGGACUGUCUUUGGGUGUUUUGGGAGGGACCGAUGAUAUGUGGUGUUUAGGGGUUGAGUGGUUGGAGAGUUAAUGGGUUGAAGAGUGGGGGUUGAGUGGGAGUUGGGGAGUUGGAGAGCCGACACUGCUCAGGUCUAGUUGAGGGCUUGAUCUAGUACUAGUGUAUACACACGCGGUUAUUUUCUCAAGUGCAGCGGAUGGUUGGGAUGGUCAUGGAGGUGGAGCGGUGUUUUUCAGGGCACGAUUGUGAGGGAUGUCGCUGUAUGGCCGGAGGGAUUGGUGGUUUUUCGGUCUUUUGGGGGUGCAUACAGAUGUACAGUGGGCCAACGGAUGGUUUUUGGAUUGCACUCGGUUUUCGUGUUGCGCGGAUUGUGGAAAUAAAGAACUUAACUGUUAAGUCCGUGCGGUGCGGGGGUUGGGUGUGGCCCGGAGACUGUCCGUUGGUUUGUUGUGUGCCCUUGUGCAUUUCCGGGAGAUCGGGGGGCUUUUGGUCCUUUUGGUUGUCUAGUGAUGUCUUUCACUGUCGUGUUUUGGGGGGUGCGGUUCUGUUUCCGUGUUUGUCUUGGUUGUCUGUUGUAUUUGGGAGGGUAGUUGGAUUUGAGUGGCUUUGGUUUCUUGGUUCCUUAGUUCUUCAAUUUUUGAUUCUUCUGUUGUUGGGUCCUUUCAUUCUUCAAUUUGUCGAUGCUUUGGAUAUUCAAUUUUUAAAUUUAGUGUGUCUGUCCUUCUUUGAUUACCCAGGGAUGGUCCAUCUUCCCCACGAUUGGAUGUGUGCGGGGAGUGCGCGUUGAAUGGCAGAUGGGUCGCCGCUCCUGUUUUUUUGGGACGGGUUCUCGGUGACUUUCAGAUUUCCCGGAGAUGACUGUCUGUCGUCACAAUUGUAUUCAUAUAAGGAGUACGCGCGUUGAAAUCCGACCAAUUUUAGAAGAGUUCUCCCUGUGACCUUCUCAGGUUGCCUAAAGAUAGACCUCUUUCGCCGUGAUUGAAGUUAUAUAAGGGGUACACGCGUUGAAUAAGAUACCGUUGCUCCGAUUAAUUUUAGACAAGCCCUCUCGGACCUUCUCAGAUUGCUCAAGGAUAGCUCUCCUUUGUCGCGAUUGGAUUUAUAUAGUGAAUGCACGCGUUGGAUAACUCAAAACUAAUGGAUGAUUUUCGGAAUUCCAUUUCGUCGAGUGAUCAAGAGUUUGCGCUUAGAUAAUCACAUCACUUACCGCAGUGAAUCCUGAUUUUUUUAACCAUUCCCACUAACAACUAUCCCUUCCAUGAUAAGCGCUAGGGAACCACGCUAUAGAGGCGACCCUUCUGGCCUUCGGGCGGCGAAUAUCAUACAUUCCUUCCCUUCCCCUGGUGACUGUAAGGACGUGGCCGGCGUCGUUAUUGACCAUUUAAAGCUCGAAUCACCGAAAAUUGCACAACGAGAAUGAUUUGCUAGUCCCAAGCGUCAUUCUGUGUGUUCUUUGUGCAAUUUGGUUGGUUCAGGUCAAUCACGGAGAGCAACUACGAAUUGUACAGUCUACCCAAGCUCAAGCUCAAGCUCAUUUUGUUCUCGAGUUAUAAAUUUUACAGAACUGGAUGCUUUCUAUGUUAAAAUAAAAAGUGAAUAAAAAAAAGUUCCUGUAUAUUUAACAAUUCAUUCUGAAAAGUAGUGAGAAAAAAUCAUUGCGUUCCGUGGCUAUAAUGAAAAUUCUAAUGCGGACCGCACAAUGUCUAUACCUAGCCACCACUGGCUUAGUGAAUUGAGAUGUUUUCAUCACGCGAAAUCAAUUUGGACUAGAAACCACAGCCAGCUUCGUGGAAACACUGCGCUCACGAAGAAAAUUAACCACAAUAGAAGUUAAGUUGUUAAACUAGCUCCACAGAUUAUUGAGUGUGAAAAACCACUGUUCAAAUUUAAUAAGUUACUCGUUAAAUUAGUGAUCUCGUGACUCCCCCUGGCAAACUUCACUGGGCACAAGUGUUUGUUGCCAUUCAAUUUUUUGAUCAUUGCGCAUAUUCCCACAAAAGCACACAAACCGCUCACCGUUCCGGUCCUUCCCCUAGGCGCGCGUUUUCUUUAGGGAAGUUAACUAUUAAGAUAAACUACUACUCUUUAUAGUAAAAAGAUAAAAGUAAACAAAGCAAACAAAAAAAAUCAA